AUGUAGUUGUUACAUUAAUAUUGCCAUGAGAUAGAGUUCCGAAUAUUUCUAAGUAAACGAUAUGUACUUUUGAUCCAAAGAAAACAAAUUAUCAUCAGAAGCAUAAUAUUGAAACCGAAUAUUAGGAUAAUUUUUCUGCUUUUGGAAUUCCAGCAUUUUAGUUGUCAACUUUCGAGAUGGAAAGCGAAAAUGAAGGCAGUCCUCUUUUGAAUUCAUUUCAAGAACAGACUUGGAGAUCUAGAUUUAAAAGACGUUGUCUUCGAAUUCCGUCUGAAAUCACUAUAACAGGAAUUAUAUUAGGGUUAUUCCUAAUAGUUGUAGCAUUGCUGAUAUUAUUACAAAAUUUACAAUCUUCAGCAACUACGGAUCUGGUUAUUGAAGAUAAUUUACUAGGCUCUUCCAUGAAACUUGAACAUAACCUUGGAAAAACAUGGCAAGAAAAAGUAAAGAGAAAACAGGAUAAAGCAAAUGAAACAUGGCAAGAAAAAGUAAACAAAAACAAAGAAACAAGGCAAGAUAAAGUAAACAAUAACAAGGAAACAUGGCAAGAAAAAGUAAAUGAUAACAAGGAAACAUGGCAUGAAAAAGUAAACAAUAAAAAGGAUAAGAACAAGGAUAAAGACAAGGAUAAAAACAAAGAUAAAGACUUAAAUAAAAGGACUGAACGACAAUCAACUAUGAGCGUACAAGAUUCACCAAUGAAAUAUGGGCUAAAGACUCUUGGUAAAUCUUGGCCAAAAGAAGAUGACGCAAAGAAGACAAAAGAAAAAGAGAAACAUAAGGACAAAAAUGUUGAUAAAAGGACGGAGCGUCUAUCAACCGCAAGUGUACUCGAAUCACCAUUUAAGUACAACAAGAAGGACCUUGAUGCAGCUUGGAAGGAUAAAAAGGACUUUUUUAUUCCGACAGAACAUGACAGAAAAUGGGAUAAAGUAGACAAGGGAUGGAAAACGUUUUCUGCUGAUGAUAAUUUGCUUGGGUCGCCGAUGAAGUUCAACAAAAAAGAUCUUGAUCAGUCAUGGAAAGACAAAAAAGAUUAUUAUAUUCACAAAAACGAUGCAGCAUCAUGGAAUAACACAAAAGAUGCUUGGAAAGACACACAUUUUAAUUUAUUGGGGUCACCGAUGAAGUUCAACGAAAAAGAUCUUGAUCAAUCAUGGAAAGACAAAAAAGAUUACUAUAUACACAAAGAUGAUGACGCAUCAUGGAAUGAUGGAAAAGUAGCCUGGGAAGACACACCAGUUAAUUUAUUGGGUUCGCCAUUCAAAUUCAACAAAAAAGAUCUCGAUAUGUCUUGGCAGGAGAAAAAGGCGCAGUAUAGGCCUGGUAGUAAUGAUCAGAAGUGGGACAAUGCUGACAAAGGAUGGAAGAAGAUUUCAUAUGAUUUUCUGAACCCGUCUUAUCAGCACACGCAAACCAAAGAAGCGAAAGAAGAAAUUCGGGACGCAAGUAAUAAGAAGUGGGAUAAUGUAAAUAAAGGAUUUAAAAAGGUUUCUGAUGACCAUCUGCUAUUAGGUUCUCCAUUAAACUACGAUUCGAACGAGUUUCAAAAUUUCUGGAAAGAUAUGACCAACUUUCCGGAAAAUGAGCAAAUUAUUCCGGGUAAAAAAUGGAACAAUGUAGACAAAGGUUGGAAACAGCUAUCUGCUGCAGGGUGGAGUGGUAAAGAUAUUAAAAAAGCACUCUUGGACAGUUGGAUAGAUGGGCAAGAAGUAUUGAAGUCUUACUUGACUUCUGAUGAUAUAAACUGGGAUCAAGUUGAUGAUGGAUGGAAAAAAUUAUCAGAACAAGGUUGGACUGAUGCGAAUAUUAAAGAAGCACUAAUACAAGCUUGGAAAAGAGGCUUGGGAAUCCUGAAGUCCCGGAUGAAGUUUGAUAAUAAAACUUGGAAAAGGAUUAAUGAUGGAUGGGAAAAUUUUUCCAACCAUUCUAAAAGUGUUGCUGCUCCAUCUAUGUGUCCUCUAGCAUUGCUGAACAGUGAAAACUCGCUAGGAGCUCCAAUUCCGCAAGAGACAAUUGACUGUGCUCUCAUUGCUGAAGAAGUGAGAAAAACAUUAGGCAGAUGCAUCGAUUUGUCAUUCUUACCAAAGGAAUGCAAGCCUUCGUGGCGAGUGAAAUGCUUUACAACUUACAAAUACAGGAAAGCUGACGGUACCUGCAACAACAAAAUGCAUCCCACCUGGGGUCAAAGUGGAACACCUUUCGUUAGAAUGACAGAGCCAGACUAUAGCGAUGGUGUGUCAGCAAUUCGCAAAGCAAAAAGUGGUGACGAACUUCCAAAUGCGAGACUAUUAAGUCGAAAGUUAUAUUCUGAGAAGCUAAAGCCAGACCUUAAUAUUACGACGAUGUUUCUGAUUUUUGGGUUGAUGGUUGAUCACGAUAUUGUACAGACAGGCCUGGAUCCAAGUGGCAUACCUUGCUGUGAUGAGCGAUUUGCAUUAUACCCUCAGACACGGCCCCGAGAAUGUCUACAAAUUGAAGUACCUGAAGACGAUCCUUUCUAUGGGCCAAGAAAUGUGAAGUGCUUGAACUUAGUGCGAUCACUCCCUGUACACGGCGAGUGCAUGGGUCGGCGAGAACAGCUAAAUCAAGCAACAUCUUUCUUGGAUGGUUCAACAAUAUAUGGUUCAAGUAUACAAGUCAUGAAGUCGUUGAGAUCUUUUAACAAGGGUCAGCUUAAGAUGCAGAUGAUCAACAAUGUUCCCUUCAUGUCUUUUGCUGAAAAAUCGGGCUACAGCUGUGGUACUCCUUCUGAGCCGCUGAAAUGUUUCGCUGCAGGAGAUUCAAGAGCCAAUAUGUUGGUUGAACUGACCGCAAUCCUCACUAUAUGGUACCGAGAACAUAACCGUAUAGCAAGUGCCUUGCAUAAAUUAAAUCCGAAAUGGACUGAUGAGACAUUAUUCCAAGAAGCACGAAGAAUUCUUAUUGCCGAGUUGCAGCACAUAGCAUAUAACGAAUUUCUUCCUUCAUUAUUGGGUGAUAAAGCAUUAGAAGAGUACAUGCUGAAGAUUAACCCCAAUGAGACAUAUAAAGGAUAUGAUGACACAAUUGAUCCCAGUGUUUACAACGUAUUUGGUGCUGCUGCAUUUAGAUUUGGACACAGUUUGGCGCAGGACCAAUUGUUGCUUUACGGAUCCAGAAAUAAGGAAGAUCAGGUUCCGUUGCACGAAACGUUCUUCAAUCCUCAAAUCCUAUACCAUGAUGGACUUGACCCGUUGAUUCGAGGAGCUGCUUUGCAAAGAACUCAAUCCGUGGACAGCUACAUUACGCCAGAGGUUCGUGAACAUCUCUUCCAGCCAGCUGGAGUUGAUUAUGGGCAUGAUUUGGCUGCUGUUAGCAUUCAAAGAGGAAGAGACCAUGGUUUACCAGGUUACACCAAAUGGAGAGAAGUUUGCGGACUACCUGCAGUUAAGGAAUGGAAUGAUCUGUAUGAAAUUAUGGCCGAGAAGAGAGCUGAUAGUCUGAAAGAAGUUUACGAAUCUAUCGAUGACAUAGACUUAAUUCCUGGAGCUUUAGCAGAAAAUCAUGUCGGAGGAUCACAUCUAGGCCCUACCUAUUUAUGCAUCAUUGGACGGCAGUUUAAGAAAACCAGGAAAGGUGAUAGGUUCUGGUUCGAAAACCGAAACCAGGCUGGGUCUUUCACUGAAGAUCAGCUAAAAGAGAUUUAUAAAUCUAGUACAGCUCGUAUCAUAUGUGACAAUGCAGAUAAUAUCCAGAGUGUACAGAAAUAUCCUUUUGAGAUGCCUUCUGAAAGCAAUCCUAUCAUGUGGUGUGAAGAAAUUUCUGCUUUAGAUUUGUCUAAAUGGAACUAAUAGGUGCUUAGAUACAGCUCAUGAAGCUAUCUAAACGUUCUAUUUUACCUUCAUAAUUGAAAAAUGAAGUCAUUUUUGAAAAACGGUGUACUAUACUAAAUGUUUCAAUUAUGAAGUACUAGAAAAGAUGGUGUACUGACAUUUGGAACACUUUAUGAAAUUAUAUAAAGUAUUUCAGGAAAUCGUAGCUUCGUGUUAUGAGGAAAUUUCUAUCAUUUGGAAACUGCAUUUGAGAAAACUUUGUAAAGAUUUUUAUGAUAAAGUUGGUUUUAUGCAUUUGUUGGUUUUAUGUAUCUAGAGUUCACUUAUGCACAAUUGUGAAAAGAUUUUUUGAAUGUUGAAAUAAAUUGAUUUUAGUUUCAAAUUUAAUUUUAAAAGAAGAAUAACUAUAAGGAGUUCUCUUUUUAUCAUGUUUGUAAAUAUUUUCUAGUUGGCUUUUAAACCUUUUAUCUGAGCUAAUUUUAAGCAUUUAGUUUUUAACUGAUAUUUUCUGUUUUCAAUUUUAAUGCAUUAGUGUAGUCUGAACUGUAAUUCUUGCAGGAAAAAUAUGAUUUUUUUUACGUAUAUCACAAAAAGUUGUUCACUUUUGUAAGUCUGUGAACUUUUAAGUGUUAGUUGCUUUUGAUAAAAUUGACUCAUUCUAGGAGAGAUAAAAACUGGAAGUACAGCUUAAAAAUGCCACGGAAUAUAUUUCAAUUACAACUAUAUGGUAUCUUGAAACUAUAGUCUUCGUAAUUAGUGUAAGAAAUUGAACGGAAUAAGCAUGCUGUGCUUAUUGUAAAUCGGUGUGUUAGGCUUCCCCUUACUAUUCAACUUAAGUGCAUUAGUAAAACGAAUAUUUAAUUAGUAGAAGCCACAAAACUAAGGAAAUAACUAAUUUUAUUUGAAGUAAUUCUACUUUUAGUUUUAUAUAAGAGACCUGUUAAUUAAUCACUCAAAAUGUUAAAAAACUCAAAAAAAUUAAUUGUCGCUCCAUAGAAACGAACUUGGGAAGUGAACAAACGCUUUGCGUGUAAGAACCAUAGUAAAUUUUGCAAAAAGGUGUUUUUUUUUUUUGAGUAGCAGUCAGUUAUUGGAAAAGAAUAUUAUUUCCUUCUGCUAGCACUUUUUAAAGUUCUUUCUGUAAUUCAAAAUUGUAGGAGGGCUUUUCUUAGGUGUACUUAUGGGGGGGGGGUGCAAAAGGAUUGAUUGACAAAACUAUUCAUAAUUAUCAGUCCAAAGGAAAACGUCAAAACAAAAAAAAAAAAAAAAAAAAAAAAAAAUCAAGCAAAUCUAAAAGGUCAUGGAUUUCUUGAUAUCAUCUAAGACUUCCAUUUUCGUUUUACACUGAUAUUGUUUGACAAUAAAUGUACACUUUGUUUGUUUGUUUGUAAUUGACAAAGUAAUGUUCUUUAUGCAUUCCGUGUUCGUUUUGUAGUGUGAUUUCGUUUUUAGAGUAAUACAGAUAUUUCAUUUGAGUAUUUAUGUUGUAAUAUUUUUUUCUUAAGUGACAUAUGAUAGUGUUAUCAUCAGUCAGUAUUUUAAACCUUUUUAAAGUCAGCUACGUAUACACGAAAAACCAAGUAUUGAAAUCCCAUUGUAUAGCAUUGGUGAACGACAUUUUUUGUUCAUCCUUUAUUUAAUGACAAAAAAAAAAAAAAAAAACUGCAUGUAGUUAAAAACAUUCGUUGUAGCUAAAUGCUACAGAAGAGUCUAGAAAACUUGGUCUGAUGUGGACCAAAAAUUAGCCGAUUUUGUAAAAGCUGGGCUGUUGGGAAUGCGGCAAGCAACAGGAUUUUUGCUCGGUGUUAUUUCGUCCUGCAAGCAUGUGGCCAAGUUUUUUAGACUCUACCGCAGUGUUUUAUUCUUAAGUAAAAAUUAGUUACUGAAUUUAUUACUAUUUGAAAAUCACUCUAAUGUAAAAUACGUUAA